GCUAUGUUUGAUGCUUUGUCUGAUCUCCCUGAGUGGUACGGUAUAAAAGAAAUGCAAGCAAAUUGGAUAGGUGACUGCAUUGGAUGCUCUCUUGACUUCUUGCUAAAGGUUAAUGGUAAAGUAACAGGAGAGAAGCUAGCAGCUUACACCUAUACGCCUGAAGCCAUUUAUGGAGCUUCCCAUUUAUCCAUCUUACCGACUCACAGACUGCUGCAUGGGAAUAGCAGUCUUAAGGAAGUCUUUCAGAGGGAGUUCAUUCCAGGGAAAGACUCACUUACUUCAGUGACAGCUGUGAAUUUGCUUACUGAUCAGGAGAUUCCUGUAAUCAUCUCAGCAAAAACCAAUUUUGAGAAUUUUCUUGAUACUAAAAUAGGAAUUCCUAGUACUAGUGCUGAAGAUGCUGCAGUAGCUAAGAAUCUGGGCAUUUCUUUCACCGAAGUCAUUGAGACAUUGCCAAAUGGUUUGGAGAAAGUCAUUAAUUCUGCAGAGAUCACAGGCAUGACUCGGCAGGAGGCUUUAAAAGCUAUUACCCAGCAGGCCAGAAAUAAAAGACUAGGUGGAGACCUAACGAGUGACAAAUUGAGAGACUGGUUAAUAUCUCGGCAGCGGUACUGGGGAACACCUAUUCCCAUCAUUCACUGCCAGACGUGCGGCACUGUCCCCGUGCCUUACGAAGACUUACCCGUGGUGUUGCCCAGUGUGACCACCUUCACAGGAAAGGGAGCCUCGCCUUUAGAAACGGCUCCGGAAUGGGUGAACUGUUUCUGUCCGAGGUGUAAAGCAGCAGCACGGCGAGAAGUUGAUACCAUGGACACGUUUGUUGAUUCCGCUUGGUACUACCUGAGGUACACGGACCCUCACAACAGGGAGAGACCCUUUAAUAGUGACUUAGCAGACUACUGGAUGCCUGUGGAUUUGUACAUCGGAGGAAAGGAGCAUGCAGUUAUGCACUUAUUCUAUGCGAGGUUUUUCAGCCAUUUCUGCCAUGAUCUAAAGAUGACAAAACACAAGGAGCCUUUCCGUAAGCUCUUGGUUCAAGGUCUUAUCAAGAAUCAGACAUUCAGACUAACAACAACAGGCCAGUGUUUGAAGAGAGAGGAAGUUGAUCUCACUGGAACUGAACCGGUUCGCCUAAAAACUGGUGAGAAGCUCCAAGUUGCUUGGGAGAAAAUGAGCAAGUCUAAGCACAAUGGAAUCGACCCUGAAGAAUUAGUGAAAGAGUAUGGUAUUGACACCCUACGUCUUUACAUUCUGUUUGCUGCUCCUCCAGAACAAGAUAUUUUGUGGGAUGCUAAAACUGAUGCUAUGCCAGGUGUUCAGAGAUGGCAGACGCGCCUCUGGACACUUGUAACCAAACUUAUUGAAGCAAGGACUUCAGGAACCAUGCCCAAUCCUGAGCUUCUGAAUAAGAAAGAGAAGACUGAAGCCAGAAAGAUCUGGGAGCAGAAGAAUCUGGUGAUUUCUGAGGUAACAGAGUAUUUCACAAAGGAUCAUUUGUUCAAUGCAGCCAUUUCCCGAUUGAUGAGCCUCACUAAUAUACUCCACCAAGCUUCUUGGCCUCUUAUUCUCCACAGCGCAGAAUUUGAAGAUGCUUUGGCUUCACUCUGCGUUAUGGUUGCACCUAUGGCUCCGCACAUUGCAUCAGAGAUGUGGAAAGGUUUGGCACAUAUGCAGAAUAAACUUUGUACUCAUCAUCACUGGGAUGUUGAUGUGCUGCAUCAGUCCUGGCCCAAAGUAGACCCCGAGUACCUGGAGCCAUCAGAUGUUGUGGAGAUGUCUGUUCUGAUCAAUAACAAAGCUUGCGGCAAAGUUUUUGUGCCUCAGCAAGCAGCCCGCAAUUUUGAAGAAGUCCACGAGCUAGUUCUUCAAAGUGAACUUGGAGUCAAGCACCUCCAGGGACGAACCAUUAAAAAGGCCUUUCUGUCUCCCAGAACUGCCCUCAUCAACUUCUUAGUGCAAGAAUAGCAAAGGCUCUGCUGGGCUGUAAAAGGGAACUGGAAUGUUUCGAGAUGAAACCAAUUCGAAAAUACCAGUUACAGUUAUUUAAAUCUCAUGUAAUGGUGGGGAAGAAAUGUUAUUAAAAUCAGGUUGCUGCUAAAUCUUCAUUUUGACGUGGAGAAAUGUGCAGAAUUAAAGUUUCUUACUGAGUCACGGUAA